AUGGGCAGAUUGCCAGAAUUCAGCCCACUUGAAGCCAGCCUUAUUGCAAAGCUUGUUUGCGCCGCACCGUCAAAGACUCGCCACGCGCCAAUCAAUGCAUCAUACUGCCGGCGCAAUUGCCUGUCAGAUGGCCAGGUCAAGCAGCGAAUCGCUUUGCCCACAAGGACAGCGCUGCCAGGGCACCAGACACCAAGAACUCAUGCAUUUGCAGAGCAUUUGAAUGUGUGCCAGAUAUUCUGUCUCGCGCGCGCACGGGGCGUGUAUCAUCUCGAAGAUGUUGCAGUUGCAAGUGGCCAAAACAUGCUGCAGGGCAUUUCCCUUGCAUGCUAG